GAGAACUUCCGAAACAGAAAAUAAAGAGAAAAAACUUCGAAAGAAAAAAGUAUCUUUAUUAUCAACAGAAAAAGUAAAUGAAAUGUCUAACAAUUUACUCCAAGAUUUAUGUCAAAGUAAAAAUUUAUCCGAGAAGUUCUCAUUAAAACCUCUAACCGCUAUUGAAAACAUUGACGAUAUUAUCGAAUCGUAUAAACCUGUAAAAGAAUUUCUAACAAGCAUUGAAUUUCGGGAAUUGGUAAAUAAAAUAGAUAAAGCUUUUAUCGUAUCACAACUCAAAGCAUUCCUUAAAAAGCGAGAUUUAGAUUAUAAACUAAAGAAAGUUAAGUUAAUUGAAAAAUUAAUUUCCGAAGUUUGGAAAGUUGAAAUAAAAGUUGAGGAACAAUAUAUACAAGCUAAGCCAAUUGAUUUAUUUUUCAUGCUUGGACCAGAUGGGAAAACUUUACGGGAAUUAGAAAGUCAAUCCAAUGUUAAAAUUAAAAUUGACUUAAAAAAUUUAUCAUACACAAUUGCUGGUUCUCCGCAAGAUAUUGAAAAAGCCAAAGAUAUGAUCAAAAGAGUUACGUCUUAUCAGUCCGUUACUAUGGAAUUACCUUCUCACAUUAAAAAUAAUAAUAAGAGUUUGCAAGAGAUUCCGUUUGUGCAAGAUAUCUGCAUGUCAUUGAGAAUAUUUAUCGAGGUUGAUACAAACAAACAGUUGAUUAUUUCAGGACCAUUGCAACAAAAUAUCAAGGAAGCAUCAAGAUUACUUAAUUUUGCUUGGCACCAGCCUGAUCAAAAUGAAACAGAUUUGCUCUUGUGUAACGACACAGCGAAUUUUAAUGAAUACAGUUUUUUCCCUAUUCACGAUUCCGAGACCAUGUCUUUAUAUAACCGAUACCUUAAUUGGCAUCGAGUUGGUAGAGUUGGUCCAAAAGUGUUCUAAUUUUUGAUAGGCCAAUGAGUCAACUUUAAGUGAUCGCUUACAUAUUUUAUACGAAAGCAAAAGUUUCUCGGAGGGGACUUCUUCACGGUUUCUUAAUAUACAAAACAAUUUAACAAACUUGAACAAACUCGGCAUUUUUCUGUUCGAUUUUUUAAAAGAGAGCCAACCAGCUAAAUCGAAAUUUGAAAUUUGUUCCGUAUUUGGAUAUAAUAUUUUUCAUGACGAGAAAAAUGUCGAAAAAAAUUUAUUUGUUCCCCCAUUAUCUGACAAUUUCUCUUAUAAAAUGCUU